UUUUUUUGUACCUUUUUUUUUUUCUUCUUUUUCUUUCUAAUGAUAAUAAAGUUGCUGUUAUGGCAUCAUAUCAACCUUCUCAUCAUGAACAAAACCGCCAUGAAAAUUUAACUUCUUUAUAUGACGACUUGGACUCCUUUAUACAAGAAUUAUCCUUUGACUCUCCUUCUUCACCUCUCAAUAAUAAUUUUAGUACUGAAGCUUUUACAACUGAAAUACAGCAACAAGAAGAAGAAGAAGACGACGAAGAUCGUGUUUCAACAUAUGAAGAAGAAUUCGACAUUAGUACAAACUAUCACCAUGAUAAUGAUCAACAUGAUACCUCUAGCUCUAUCGAAGUAGAAACAGAUAGUGCAUCUAGUAGCAACAGUCAAUUACAUACUUGUAUGAUAGGACACAAACAGAAAGCCUCAGUGGACAAUAAUGACGAAGAUAAUGAUAACAACAACAACAAUAAUAAUAAUGAUAGUUCACCUAUUCCUAGAGCAACUACUUCUACUCCUCAACAAUCAACAAAAGCUUACCUUCUACGAUCAACUUCCACCACUACUUCCAAUUCUAGUAGCUCAUCAGCAGGAUCAAGUCCACUUUUGGCUCCUUCAUCUUCUUCUUUGCUCAGCAUUAGUCGUUCUACUUCUUUAGGUUCUUCAGCACCUCGUGAAAAAUUACAACAAGUUACUGUAGACAAAAACACCGUAGUAUUGACAACACGUACUAGUUCAUUGACAAGAGAAGUCGCCAUGUCCACUAAACGUUCUGAUAGUAUUUCAAGUAAUCGUAGUCAUCAAUCACAACAAACUAAUAGUACUCCUCUCCUGAGUCCUAGAAUGUAUUCCACUCCCAGCUCUCCUUUGGCAAGAAUCAUCGAAUCCGAACCACCUACUAUUCACGAACUUAUGUAUGGACCUUUUGACCCUGAUGAUGAUACAAUGACCUUUCCCAAUUAUGCAUUACUUUCUGAAUUAGCUACUCAUUUUGUGGAUCAAGUUAAAAGGGUAACUAAACGACGUAAAAUAUUUACAACAGCUGAAUAUCCAACUAGUUUCAAUGGUGAAGAAGCAGUGGAAAUCGUACGAUCUAUUUUACCUUCUGGUCUACCUUCCUCUCUCUACUUAAAAGUGACUCGGGCUUUGAUGCAUACGUCUCCUCCUGUUAUUAGUCCAAUCACCUAUUCGGAAAAAUCAGCACGACGGAACACUUUGUAUAAAACCAAUCAUGAAGUCUAUUUAUUAGUCGAUGAUGAAAUUCCUCAAGGUGUCUAUACUCAUCUCACUCGAUGUUAUACUCAUUUUUGUUUACCUGGUCAAGGUGGUUGUUAUGCUCCAUGUUGUCCAAACAAACCCAAAACUGAAAAACUCAAACAAAAUGGAUUAGAAAGACGUGGAUCAAUGUCUUCAUCAGUGGCAUCAUCUCAUGAUACGACAAUGUCUCGUGCCUGGUCAGCAACGGUUGCAAAGGAUGUACUUCAAAACACUCCUCCUUCAGAAAUUGCAAGACAAGAAGCAAUCCAUGAACUUAUUUAUACCGAAGAAGAUUAUGUGCGCGAUCUCAAUUUGCUGGACGAGUUGUUCGCCAAAUCUUUACGUGAAGCUCAAUGUAUAGAACCUGAAAGACGGGAUGCUUUCUGUGAUAAUGUAUUCAAUAAUUAUUUGGAUCUUUUGGCUAUACACAAAGACUUGUAUCGGGAUCUCCGGGAUCAUCAAUCACUAUGUCAAGCAAAUAAUGUAUCUGGAUUCGUCGACAAAAUUGGGGAUAUCUUUUUACAUCAUUUACCACGAUUCAAAGAAGCCUAUCGACAGUAUGGACCUCAUGUUGUUUUAUCGGAAUAUGCUAUCAAGAAGGAAAUGGUUAACAAUAUUCUUUUCCAAAACUUUGUACAUGAACGGGAAAAACAAGCAGAAACACGAAAACUUCCUUUUCGCCAUUUUAUCAUCUUGCCUGUCACUCGUUUACAACGUUAUCCUCUACUGAUCGGCGCCAUUCUCAAGAAAACACCGGAUGAUCACCCUGAUAAGGCUACUUUGACUGAAUGCUCUGAUAUUUUACGACAAAUUGCUACAGCGAUGGAUGAAGGUACGGUGGGUAGCAAAAAUACUCUGCGUAUUUAUGAAAUCAACGAUCGUAUUCGAUGCAAACCAACUGAACCUCACGAUCUCCAACUACUUGAACCUGGUCGAUUGUUAUUACAUGAAGGGGCCUUAUCACGACGCAAUCAUGUGGUAGUGGAAUCAACUGAAAUCUAUGUCUUUUUAUUCGAUCAUAUGCUGGUGAUGACACGACGAAAGAAAAUGCAAGGCAACAAUUCAAAUAGCAAGAUCUCUGAUGAUGAAUACGAAUAUUUCAUCUCCAAACGUCCCAUACCCAUGCCAUUACUACAUUUGGAAGAAGCAACAGAAGGAUUCUCUUUGGGAAUGCGAUCUAUGAGCAGUACAUAUUCAAGUACUGUCACUUCUCAUACUGGAAUGCUCGUCUCAGCAACAUCAUUUGGUAACAACAAUCAUCCUCUUUUAUUUCAUCAUUUGGGUCGUUCUGGUGGUGAUCAUCUUUUAUUUGCUGAAAAUGCACAAGCUCGUCUCACUUGGAAGGAAAAGGUUGUGGAAGCAAAAGCGGUAUUGGAAGAAAGAGAUUUAUCUCGUCAAGUAUUUGAAAUUAGAUCUCUUAGUGAUACUACUUUUAGAGGAUCUGGUGGUCAAGUUCAAUAUGGCAAGGUGACAUGUUCUGUACAAUUUGAAGGAUCAAAUGGGAUUAGGAUGAUUGCAGUAGGAACAGUCGCUGGUGUAUGGAUGGGUAUUGAAGGUGAUACAAACAGUAUUCGACAAGUUCUGGCACUUCCGGAUGUUAAUCAAAUGGCAGUGAUUCCUGAACCUCAUAUACUCAUGAUCUUGGCUGAUAAAACGUUAUAUGCGUAUGCAUUAGAAGCAUUGGAUCCUACAUCAAAUAAAGAAUCAAGUUAUAAACCCAAUCAAAAGGUAGCACAACAUAUUUCAUAUUUCAAUGCGGGAACUUGUCAUGGUCGACCUCUUGUGAUUGCAAUGAAGAAACGUGGAUUGGAUAGUCAUUUCAAGGCUUAUGAACCUGUGUGUGGAGAUUUGCGUGAUCCUGCAAAUAGCAAAUUCCUGGCAGCGAAGACUGGACUUUUCAGCAAGGUACCAUCUUGGUUCAAGGUAUACAAAGAAUUCUAUGUUGGAGCUGAUUCAUCUGCUGUGCAUUUCUUGAAAGCUCGUAUCGUUGUUGUUUGUCCCCGUGGGUUUGAAGUGAUUGAUCUGGAAAACUUGAGCAUGAAUCGAAAUCUACCUGAUAUUCAACAUCCUGAUUUUGCUUUUGUACAACAACGUGCCGAUCUCAAACCUCUUGGUUUAUUCAAGUGCCGUCAACAUUAUUUAUUGUGUUACGAUGCUUUUGCAUUUUUGGUGGAUACUCAUGGUUCCUUUGUACAAGAAGCUUAUGCAUGGAUUGCCUGGGAAGGAACUCCUCAAGCUAUUGCAUUUUAUUAUCCCUAUGUCGUUGCUUUUGAUGCUCGAUUUAUUGAAAUUCGUCAUGUGGAAACUGGUGAGCUGGUUCAAAUUCUUGCUGGUGUUCAUAUGCGAUGUCUUCAAUUUACAAACGAUGCAUUCUCUCCUGUGAUUCAUGGUUGUAUGGCUCAUCCUUUCAAACCUGAUUAUCAAUAUGUUUUCCAACUCAUGGCCAAUUUUGAACCUCCCACACUUAAUCAUUAUCAACACUAGUUCCAUCCACUAGAACGCCCGUAUUAUAUCCAUUGUCUUUAUAUAUUCUACCUGGUUUUUUGUUAUAUGAUCCAACUCUUCUUUUUAUUUUGUUUCAUGCAUAAUACAAUCCAUUCUUUUUUUAGACUAUCCUUUCGUUUUUCCUCUCUUCUUUCUCUCUCUCUGUAUAGUUACCAUUUAACAAGUCAUAAUAAUAAAAAAAAAAAAAGUGGUCAUCUCCAAGUGAGGGUAUACCAUUGAUUCCUUUUUAUCUACAAC